AUGGUUUUAAAGGACAAUUUUGAAAGAAAGUUAAAAGUCUUGGAAACGAGAAUUAAGGAUUUAGAGCAAAAUAACGAAGGGUUACGUUCGCAAUUCAAGAAUUUAGAAGAAAAAGUUAAAGAGCGAGAAGAAACCAAAACAAAUAUUAAUAAUUUAGGAGACAAGGUUAGAGAACAAGAAGAAGAAACCAAAUACAUUAUUAAUAAUUUAGAAGAGAAGGUUAGAGAAGAAUCCAAAACCAAGCAAGUAAUUAUUAAUUAUUUAGAAGAAAAAGUUCGAGAAGCAAUAGCCAAGCAAGAAAUUAUUAAUAAUUUAGAAGAAAAGAUUAGAGAAC